CCGCAAGAAGUACCGGGAAGGUAAACAGCGAGCUCGAGCGAGGGGGGAGGGGAGGCGUCGUCGCCCCCAGCCCCCUGUCACCUCUCCCCUCCCCCAAGGGGCCACCAUUACAACCUGAAGGAGCUGCACGUCAGCCCCUGCCCGUGCCGCUCUCCCGGGCCCGGACGCCCCCUCCUCGGUCCGGCCCUCGGUCGGCGUCGGGCGCGCUCCGCCCGCCCCCUGGUCGCGGAGGGCCCUGGCGGAGAGUUCCGGGGCCGCCGCGGGACGGAGUCCCCGCCCCUCCCGGCCAGUCCCCUGGGCCCCGUCGGGGGGCCGGGCGUGUUGUCACCACACGCACCCGCACCCGCACCCGCACCCUCACUCACACACCCACGCACACGCGCGCGCGCGCGCACACGCGCCCGCCCCGCCGAGGCGAAGGUAAACGGCGGAGGCAGGUAGAACGCGUAGGGGAGCGCCAGCCGCGGAGGAAGCCGGAGUUGCCGCUCGCCGCCUCGCGCCGACCAGCCUGCGUGACGUGCCGCCCCCGACUGACCCCUCGGAGGCCGGGGCUGCGGAGUCGGCGGGCCGCCGCGCCGACCGGACUUCACCUUGCUAACGGGGGAGGGGCGCCCCCGCCCCCAGCCUGACCUCCGCGCGCGUCUCGCCGGGGAAGAGCUGUGGGGCAGGUUCUCGAGCUCCCCCGAUAGCUCUGCGUGGUCAGCUCCUCCCGAGGACGCCGACGCCGACGCCGACGCCGUCGCCGGGAACCGUAUCCUAUGGAAGAUCUUAAGUAGCCUCUGCUGCUGCCGCCCCGGGAGCGUUGCUAGUUGGAUCUGCGGUUAUCCGUGGUGGUUUUAAAUACCAGGCUUCUUGACGGAGCUGUUGUCGAAGACUGCACUGACCACGUGAAAAUGACCAGUUUUUUGUUUUGCUUUUGGUUUUUUUUGUUUUUUUUUUUUUUGUUUUUUUUCCCCCACACGCUCGGGAGAGAUUUCCUCCGUGCAUCAAAACGGGGAGGGGGGGGCGGCGGGCGGCGGGCGGCGGGGGAGGUCACCUCCCGCUUGCGCUCACUUUGACUUAAUCGCACACUGAAAAGACGGCAGCCUUCUAGUGUUAGCUUUAUACCUCGUUAAAUUCGGGGUUAGAAGCAAAAUUGUGACAGCGCCGUGCGACUGCAUGUUACUUUCGCUUUACACGACACUUUUUCAGUUAUCCCAGAAGAUUAAAAAGAAGCGUCUUUUGUUCCCGUGAAUGCGGCUGGUGUGUUUCAUUUUUUCGAACUUGAAUUCAAAGUUUCCCUCCCUUGGCGACUCCAGCUUAGCUUUCGGAUCGGAUCUACGUAGCUGCUUAAAGAGUCCUCCUCAAAGAUGGCCUGUCGUUAUUGUUUAUGGGAGAUUUUGAUAAGAUCUGGCGAGAACAUUGUGAGGAUGAGGAAACACUUUGUGAAUAUGCUGUUGCAAUGAAAAAUUUGGCAGAUAACCAUUGGGCAAAAACUUGUGAGGGCGAAGGUCGUAUUGAAUGGUGUUGUAGUGUAUGCAGAGAAUAUUUCCAAAAUGGUGGGAAGAGAAAAGCACUUGAAAAAGAUGAAAAAAGAGCUGUACUCGCCACUAAGACCACUCCAGCCUUAAAUUCACAUGAGUCUUCUAAACUUGAAGGUCAUUUAACCAACCUCAGCUUUACAAACCCUGAAUUUAUAACUGAGUUGCUCCAGACCUCAGGAAAGAUCAGAUUACUUGAUGUUGGCAGCUGCUUUAACCCAUUUCUGAAGUUUGAAGAAUUUCUAACUGUUGGCAUAGACAUCGUACCUGCUGUAGAGAGUGUAUAUAAAUGUGACUUCCUGAACUUGCAGCUUCAGCAGCCACUCCAGCUUGCGCAGGAUGCUAUAGAUGCCUUUUUGAAGCAGCUGAAAAACCCUAUUGAUUCUCUUCCUGGAGAACUUUUCCACGUGGUGGUUUUCUCUCUCCUCCUUUCUUAUUUUCCAUCGCCUUACCAACGGUGGAUUUGCUGCAAGAAAGCCCAUGAACUGUUAGUGUUAAAUGGUUUAUUGCUUAUCAUCACACCUGAUUCCUCCCAUCAGAACCGUCAUGCUAUGAUGAUGAAAAGCUGGAAGAUUGCUAUAGAAUCCCUGGGCUUUAAACGUUUCAAGUAUUCAAAAUUUUCACAUAUGCAUUUGAUGGCAUUUAGAAAAACCUCCCUAAAAACCACAAGUGACUUGGUUAGUAGGAACUACCCAGGGAUGUUAUAUAUUCCUCAAGAUUUCAACAGUAUAGAAGAGGAGGAAUAUUCUAAUCCUUCGUGCUACGUUCGAUCAGAUAUAGAAGAUGAACAACUAGCAUAUGGUUUCACAGAGCUCCCUGAUGCUCCAUACGACUCAGAUUCUGGAGAAAGUCAAGCCAGCUCUAUUCCUUUCUAUGAGCUAGAAGAUCCUAUAUUACUUUUAAGUUAAUAUCAAAGUAAAAGGCCCUUUCAGUCCGGACUCCUAAACUAAUUGCUUACACUAAUCAGAAAUACUAACAUGAACUCAGUACUUAAACCUGGUUUGCAUAGAAGAAAUGCAAAGGUUUACAGAGUUUGCUAUUUUUUUCUACUUCUGGAUUUUAAAAUUUAUUCUUAUAUAGAAAGCUUAAAGUUUCAUGCAGAGUGACUCCUGUCAUAGCAGAAACCACUGUUACUUUAGCAUUUAGCACUAAGAUAUCAUAGAAAGGUACCUUUUUUCUUUAGUGCUAUUGUGAAAAGUGAAGCAUAACUUGCUAUGUAUUUUCUUUUAAUCUUUCAGUGUUGACUUUUAAACCAUUGCAAUGAGAAAGAUAUGUAGAAAGCUGUAGCUUGCACUUUGAUGACUCACAAGUUAAAUGUGACACAGAGAUAGAUUGGUUUAGUUGUUUUGUGAUGCACUUACUCUCUUUUCUAGCUAAAUUGUUAUCUGUUACAGAAAGCCAUUUUCUGCAGUUUUGUCUGAUGAUCCAGCAUUUCAUCAACAUUUUGGAAUUGAUAAUUUGUUUUCUUUUUUGCUCAUUUGGCAGCAUCAGACAUUUGGGGAAAGAUUUCCCCCAAGUAUGUAUUCUAAUUUCAUUAGUACAGUAUAAUCAACACCAUUGCCAAAGUAGAAUGUUCGUAUCUUUCAUAUUGAUUUAGGCCUUGGUGUUAAGUAUAUUUAACUGUGAGAGUUCACUCUUACCUUUUUUAAAUUUAGUUUUCAUUUACAAAAUUUUCUAUUUAAGCAAGGAACAAUACUCAAUCCUGACCUGAAACACCUUUGUGAAAGGGUUUGCACUUGUUAGAGUUUAUGUUCUGUCUAGACCAACCUUGUUAGGGUCCUCACCUUUCCAUUAAGGAGGUGUGCUGCACUACAAGUCUGGAAUUAUAUAGAAACAUUUUAAAUUAACCCUCUGCUAGCAAUCUCAUAAAAUGGUUUUGACCUUUCGAUAUUCUAAUUUCUAUCAAAAUUCUAGCAGGAAAUUUUCUUUUGAUAUAUAAACCGUUAGUUGGCUGUGGGAAUUUUCCCUUUCCACAUUGAUAAAUAACUUUGUGUUUCUGAAUCAGAAGCAAAUGAUUAAGAAGAAAAAUAUGUCCAAACAAGACAAGAUUAGUUUAAAUAGCUAAGAACAUUUGGUCCACAUUGUCUUGUCAGCCAGCAAUUGUCAUGUAAACUGUCAUUUUUAAGAGUGCCACUGUGUGGAUUUUUUUUUCAAGUGGUUAUUACAUUAAAAUUACCUCAUACUGAGGUUUUUGCACUGAAAUAUCACAGUUUCAGAAUUCAUGGUUAAUGUGUGUGUGCGUGUGUGGGGGUGUGUGUGUGUGUGGGUGUUUUUAAAGGAAACUUGCAUUUUCAAUAGUUGAUCCUAAAUUUCAUAAACUGCACUUCUUUACUCUGGUAAAACUGAUGUUUUUGUGCUUAUUGUGAGUUGCUGUAGUUAACUUUGAAUGUCAAACUUUAUUUAGAAAGACAAAACUUCCCUUUAAGAUAUCAGUGUUUGGAUAUAUAUACCUGAUACUUCAAAUUAAAUUUCACAUUCUAAAUUAAUAAAGUAACAGGAUUGUAAUUAACCUGAAAAGUCAGUUGAAUGAAUGCAAUAAAUAUCGGUUGCUCAACUAUGCCAAAAGUAAUUUGAAAGGUUUCAUUUACUUUCAAUAGCCUGAGUCCUUAAUAAUUAGAAUUGACUUCUCUUUCCAGUUAAGUACUACAGGUCAUAUCUUGUAUCUUCCCCCAAAAGAAGGGGGGGAAAUCCCCCACUGUGUUCAGGUAACACAAAACUGUAUUUUCAUAGUACCUCUUUUACCAUACUGCCCAUUUCCUUUGAUUUGGCUGAAUAGAAUCUUAAAGGCAAACAAUAUAUCUAAUUAAAAUGCUUUGAAAGUAAAUGAAAACUGCGCUUUUGAGAGGCUGGUGUAAGUAUGACCUUGGAGUCAGCCUUUGUGUUACAGCUAAAAUGUUGGUGCUAUAAAUUCUUCUGAUUGUUUACAGAUGUUGAUUCUGCUUAUGCUCCAAAGUGUGCAUGAUUUAUUUUAAGUAGUACUUAAAAGAAAAGUCUCUUUAUAAAACCUACUCCCACUUAGUAAAAAUUUGUUUGGAUUUAUAAAUAUCAUUUGUUACUGUAAAUUCAGCUUCAAAUUAGGUUGGUACAGGAUUUAAACUAAUACAUAUUCCACCAAAGCCAAUUUAACAUUUAAGUGUUAAAAUAUAAGCAGUCCUUGUGGCUUGGUGCCAGAUUAUAUAUGUAAUGACAAGAGAAGUUAACAGAGCCUUUUAAUACUGUGUGGGUACUCUUGAGAGUGAUUUCAUUUGGAUAUAAGUAAAUUUUAAGGCAUCUCCUGUCUCAUAACAGGAUUCUCCAAAAUAUUUGGAGUUUCAAACUAAAUGAUAUUCGGUUAGAUUCUUCAGGAUCAUGACUAGAUCAAAAAUGGUUUAUAUCGUAGUUGCCAAACGGUGGGAGAUGGCAUACCUGAAAAUGUAUGUUUGUGUUUGUUGUAUUUUUUCACAUUUUGUGAACAAAGCACAUUUAUUAAAAAUUUUAA